CCACUGAGGGCGCUGUAGACUUGUUUUAUUUCUCGCUGACACGUUCACAGCAACAAGACUUGUGUUUCAGUUUUGAUCGAAACACGUCUUAAUUCUAGUUGGUACAGAUUAUGACAGCAAACGGUCGAGGAACGAUGAGACCCCAAGGUCGUACACCACCUUUUCUCCUAAUUGGCCUCUUGGUAGUUAUGUGUAUCCUUGGGUACAGUUACUGGAGUGUUGCAAGUACGAGCAGCGACCAAGCCUUACAAAUCGUGACACUCCAAGAUGAAGUUAGGAUACUGUCAACGCGAAAAAUGGAAGCUGACAAACGAAGUGAGGCUUCUAAUGACAAAGCUGGUGCUCUCGAGAAGCGAAACGCAGGUUUGGUGGCUGAGAUGCAAGAAAAAAUUAGAGCAGUAGAAUCAGUUAAAAAUGAACUCGGUCGAAAAGAAGACGAACUGAAGAAUUCGAACACUGAACUUGACAACAAAGGAGCAUCACUGACUAAAUGUGAACAGGACUCCAAUGGGAUUAAAGAAGAGCUCCAGAAAUUGAAAGAGGAGACUGAGUCUCUCAAGGGGAGUAUGGACAAGAAGCCAGCACAGUGUGAUCAGAAUGCCUGUGAAGAACCUAUCAAGAACAUUCUGACUGUGCUGGUGAACAGUUUGGGCAGGCAGCAGAUCAUUGGCACACUUCAGAACAGCGGCAUCGACGCCAACAAGUUUAUCCCUGCUGAAGCAGGCCAGCCACAGAAUGGUGAUCAACAGCCACCGUACAACCAGGGACAGAACCCUGCUGGACAGAACCCUGCUGGACAGAACCUUGCUGGACAGAACUCUGCAGGAGAGAACCAGCCUGGUCAGAACCCUGCUGGACAGAACCUUGCUGGACAGAACCCUGCUGGAGAGAACCAGCCUGGUCAGAACCCUGCUGGACAGAACCCUGCAGGAGAGAACCAGCCUGGUCAGAACCUUGCUGGACAGCCACAAGUGCUAAAUCCACCACAGAAUCCUGCUGAUCAGCAACAGCCACAGAAUCCUGCCAAUCAGCAACAGCUACAAAUUCCUGCUGAUCAGCAACAGCCACAGAACCCUGCCAAUCUACAGCCACCCCAGAAUGGUGCCGAUCAACCACCCCUUAAACCUGAUCAACAAGCACCCCAGAAUCCUGCCGAUCAACCUCAGCAGGGACUCAAUGUUGUUCAGCAACCUAACUUGAAUCAGGAUGGAAAUCAAGGUGACAAGGACCCUGCUAACCAGGAAGAUCCUUUGCACCCUGCCACCCCUAUGAUUGAUUGGAGAGGCCACCCAAUUCCUUUGCUAGUUGGUGAUGGAGACAACAUUGUCUUUGAUCGUGAGGAGGUCGAUGGCAAGGAAGCUCACAAAGAGGGUGACGAUAAACUCAAGUUUGAACCUCUUAGAGAAGACCUGAAAGAGCCGUCAGAUUUAGAGAGGGAAGAAGAUGCCAUAGACCGUAUGAAAGACAAUAUGGCACUUGAUGACAAGAAACCAGAAGGAUCAUACAAGAUUGAAGAAAGUGAAGGAAUAUAGACAUAAACUGUAGUAUACUUAGUUAAUGACCACUUAAUAUUUAUUGCAAGAUAUCUGAUGGCUUUUUUUGUUUUUAAAGAAUUUUUUUAUUUAGUUUAUUUAUGCCAUUUAUCUAUGAAACAAUAAUCAGGGCAAAGUCAUGUCUUCAUGUUUCUGAAAGAUUCUUAAAAAUUCAAGACUACCUGAUUAUACAUUUUACUUUUAGAAGUGUUUUUCUAAACAUUUAUGUUGCUGUGGUCAAGUUACAUGAGAGAAAUCCAACAACGAAUAGCUGGUAUUAUGCAAAAUUGAAAAUAUCAAUUCUUAAGAGUAUUAUUUGAAGUCACUCGACCAUGUAGACUGGCAGACCGAUUUGUGCUGUCUGUUGUUGGCUGUUUGUGAUGGACAUGUUGCUUGCUUCAGUAUUCAGGGAAUGUGAUAAUGUUGCUGAGACUAGACAUCUUAGUAAUGCUUCAACUUCUGCAAAAUACACACUUGGGAAGCUAACAGGGAUACAGAUACCGUAUUUAAUGUAUUUAGCGCUGAAUUUUGUAUUAAGUAUCUAGUGAAGGACAUUUAAUAACAUGAAAAUAAUGGACACCUGAGAAGGAUGUAAGUCUCUAACAUUGAAAAUAUUUUUAUACUGUAGGGAUAGUUUGGAGCAGGAUCCAUAGUUCAAUACAGUAUCUUUGCUUUUUGAUUUUUUUUUUCAGCUAUAGAUUUAGAUUAUUUUAUUGUAUCUGAGAAUAUUGGGUUUUUCCAUAUGGUCAGCUGUUAAUGCAUGCACGGGUUUGUUGUGCCACAAGGUAUACCUACAUCAGGAAUGUUUAACUAUCGCACAAAGUGUUUGUGGCGUUAUGACAUCAUAACUCCAUAGUUUUUGCAUACUGUUAUGAAUGUCGUAGCGCUACAAUCACAAUGUGAAUUGGGACCUUGAAUUUGGAUUUAUGGUGCAUUUUCAAGUUGAAAUCUCCAUUCACUAGCUUUCAGUCUUUAAAUGUACUUAUUGCCAUUAUUAGUACCAUCUGCAACAUAUGCACUUAUCAGAGUUCACACAAAUAUAUACUUUCCAAUCUCACCAGGGGCUUGCUGUGUCCUUGAGAAAGUCAUAUCUUAUCAUUGGACAAUUGACAUGUUCACUUUGCAACAUGGAAAAAUGUGUAAAAAAUGCUUAGGAGGGAGAAAAGCAUUGUUAUCUUAGAAUUUUCGAUGUUAUUAAUGUUUCUUUAAGGGAAAGAUAAUGUAGCAGUUCAAAGAAAGUAUAAUGGAAUAAGUAUAUCAGUAGUUUAAUGAGUUGCUUAUGCAAUUUCAUUGCUUUACCAAAAAUGAUCAGAAAUUUAGUAUAUCAUGUCAGCAUCACUCACCUUUUGUCCCAUUCCCUACCCUCCUAAGAUUUUUGCAAAACAUAAAUUCAUGGAACCAUUUUUGCAAAAGAUUAUUGCUUUAACCAUGUUAACUAUUAACACUAUUCCUAUUCUGCAGUACAUUCCACGAUUCAUGUUGUGUCUUUGAAGUUGUGUGUUUGAGAGGGAUGGUUGUUGUUGUAUAGACUAAAUAGCACAGAUUGCUGCUUGCUGAGAAAAUGUUGUCGUACCUGCUUUGGAAAUUUCUGUGUUUGGAAUUAAGCAUGAGAGUCAAGAGGUCCCAGAACUUAGCAGUUAAAGAAUUAGGAGUCUGUAGAUUCACAUACGUUAGGAAACCUUAAUGACGCCUGGCCCCUCUUAAUUUCAAACACUGAAUGAUGUCAUUAUUUCUGUAUAUUGAAAGUAUAGUUGUCGGUAAAGCUAUGGUACUUCACGUUUCAUCUGUGUGAUAACAGUGAAAACAAAAUAUUCAUAUUUUUUUAGUGAUUUUCUGAUGUACGUGUACAUACAUAUAUUGCCUUUGAAGUCCAGAAGUAACUGGCAUUUGCCAGAGAUCUAUUACUAUUCAAAACUGCAGGUUUACAGAAAAUAUUAGAACGAUUGUGACAAGUAUUUGGACCAGUGUUUCACUUAGCCUUGUUAACUGAACAUUGUUUACAGAAACAUUAUUCUAGGUUGUGACUUAGAUAUAUGACAGGUGCUUGUGUCCAGCUGUUGACAGGACAACUGUAACAAGUAACUUGUUAUGCUCUCUCUGACACAGGUCUCAUAAGAGGCUAGCCCAGCAUGUCAGGUGGUAACCAUAGCACUUCAGUCAUGGGUUUGUUUCCCAAGUAAGACGUAGUAAAUUCAGCAUGUUACUUCCUCAGCUUCUGUCACUUCAUGAUGAUGAUGGUGAUGAUGAUGAUGAUGAUGAUGAUGAUAAGUAAUGCUUCCUGAUCGCAGUACUCUGUUUAUUUUAUCGUGAAGAAAUUCUUUCUAUUGCUUUGUUCUCUUUCAAAAGGGCAACUUAGAUAUUUUCUGGGUUCAACGGAGAAUGUGAUGACGAUUUGACCUUGAUAUGAAAUAUGGUUUCUAGGUACCGUACCAUACUCAUGUCUUAUUUAUGGUUCACCCGUGGUUAACUCCUGCCUCUCUUCAGGCUUUACUCAUAUUUAACUAACAUGCCAUGAUAUAACUGAAACGCUGCUUGCAUCUGGAUUCAACUUUACUCACUCACUGAUGGUAAGACCCUGUGGGGAUUCUGUCUUAGGAUGGUUUCCUAACAACCAGUGUUGGUCUUAGCAACCAGUGUUAUUCGCAGGAAGUGACCAGCUGAUCAGAGUCUGUAAGUUUGUACGUUGAUGGGUCACUGCACACAAUAUCAAUCACUCAGUUGUCUGGUCCAGACUUGAAUAUUUGCAGUCAAACUUCAAAAAGCUAGAAUAUUGCGGAAUGCAACCUUCAAACAUUAAGUCAAAAUAAAUAUAAAAAAGAUGUUAUCUUUGAAAGAAAGAUAUCAGCUAAGAUUACUAUACCCAGUGACUUUCAAAUUUUAUCCCAUUUUCUCUUGGGUGGAGUAAGGUUCCUGAGAAGACCUCAGCUGCUGAAAGAACUUGCACUUACUGUUUCUUCAUCAGAUUUUCUUAGGUUUAGUUUUUAGAUUGAGUCAGCUGAACAAAACACAGAAAUCAUGCACAGAACAAAGUCCAACGCAACCACAAAAAUAAUAUCUUGAUACGAGGGGUCUCAGUAAUGUAUGUCAUGUUUAUAUAGAUGAAUUUAUUUACAAAAUCCUUGUAUGAAUUAUUUUGUCAGAUUUUAUCAUGUUUUCAUAUUUAGUUCUGUUAUGUUUUUGUGUGUUGUGUGUUUGUAGCUUAUCAGGAGCUAUUGGGAACAAACAUUCAUAUAUUACUAUGUACAUCACAAUGUCAGUAGAAACCAUUCUGUUGUGUAUGAAACUGUGAUAAAAUCAUCCACUGAUUAGGAAACUGAACAAGGCUAUGAUUAUCUCUUGCCACUUGUUCAGUGUAAAACCUUUAUCUUGGAGUUUUCUUGGUAACAUAGUUACGUGGUGUGACAUGUUGUUUAUUUGUCAAUGGUUUUCCUGACAAUGACGAUACAAUCACAUCUUUUCACUCUUUUGUAGUAGCCUUGCUCAGUUUGAAACCCUUGAAAUUGUCUUGGAAAAUAGUUAUGUUAUUUGGUGAGGUGUGACAAGUGGUGUCUUUAAAUUACCCACUGUAUAUUUAUCAGAGGUUAUUAAAUGUAAUGAAACUGGUGAUGUUAUUUUUUUGGCAAAGAUAUGAUUAACUGAGAAUUUUGGGAAAGUAUUCUGCCCAGCAUGAAACUGAAUCAUAAUUUUUUUGAUAUUCUUGGCAAAAAUUCGUUGUUCUUAACAUCUCAUGUGGUAGAUUUAUUUGUUUGGUUUAAAAUAUGUCAACAAAUUAAUUCUCAAAUGUGGAGAAGAGUUAGGAUAAUAGUAUUUUUGCUGUGUGACAGUUUCAAAACAAGGAUAAUCCUCAAGAGCUGAUGAAUAUAUAAAGGGAAGUAACUCUUCCAAUUGUCAAUUUGUGAAUGUCCCAUGUUGCAGUCCAUUGUGUGUGUUUUAGUUAACUUAACUUUUCAGUAGCAUUGUUCAGACUGAUUUUGUAAUUAUUUCCAUUUAUCUUGAUCUGAUUGUCUGAAACUUAAUCCUUGCACCAGGUAGUGAGUAUUAUAUGUGUGUGUCAGUUCUUUUCUCAUGAUCCUCACUGUCAUAUUGAACAGAGUCAUGAUCUGACUAGAUAUGCUGUCACAAUUAUGAUCCACUAUGCAUGUACAUACAUUUAUGUGAAUCAGUUGGGAAAUGGCAUGUGAAUCAGUUUGGAAAAGUGACAUGUGAAUCAGUUUGGAAAUGUGACAUGUGAAUAAGUUGGGAAAAGUGACAUGUGAAUCGAUGGGGAUAAUGACAUGUGAAUCUGCUGGUUUCUCAGCUUCAAUGUGUUGUUCUGUGUUCUUCAUAGGAGGGACAUUUUAGCAUGUCUGUUUUUCAUGGAUAAUGCAAGCGAUUGCAGUUUGUAGGAUUUACUUUUCAUUUUACAAUUGUGACAACUAUGUGUGAAGGUGUAAAGGUCAGGGCUACUCUUUUUUGUGUCCGUUGGCACCAAAUUGUUAAAUCCAUCUCCUUCAGUCCAAAUUUCCAAAUUGAAUUAAUGUGGUUGUUUUUUGUUCCAUCAUAUUUAUAGACUGAAAGUCUUUCACUCAUCCAAAUUGUGCUGUCCAGUAAUUGUUAAUAAGGCUUAUGUAAGAUGCAUGUUUCCAUUCAUUAUAGGACUGAAAGCUUCAUAUCAGAUCAUACUCAAUAGACAUUAAGAGCACCCAAUUUUAUUCAUAAGACUAGUUAAUUAGAUAUCCUUAGACACCAUUAUAGUACCUGGUAGUAAUGUAGCAGAUUGCUUUCUAUAAAACAAAGUGGGUAUUAUUGAAGUUUAAAACUGACAUUGUGUCAUGGAUUUACUUCAUUUCUAAAUUGGUAUUAAUAAUUUAAUGAUUUGAGAUUAUGUUUGGUGCUGUAACAGUACUUGUUUUCAGAGACCAUCAACAUUGUUCACAUAACAUCUGCUUUGUUUCACAACUUAUUGAAGUCCACCAUCACCUAUGUCAUUUUUCAACCACAUUCGUUUCUCAUCCUCUCCAGUCAAGGGUAUGUUUUGUUUCAAAAUGUGAAAGAGUUUGUAAUUGGGAUGAUUAAAGGUUUGUAACUAAUCUCAGUAAUAAUUAAAACUGGUUAAUAUUGGAAAGUUGAAGCUUUUCAAUUAUGAAUAAAUAGUUUGGUUGACAGUUCUUUUACAGGUUGCCAGGUGACAGCAGAGCUGUAUCCAUGACUGGGGUUGUUUCAUUACCUAUAUGUGUGGGUUUUAUACAGAUGUGCAUAAUAUAUGUUUGUUCAUGUGGUUUACAUAUUUUGUACAUUGUGGGCGAAGACAACUGAGGGAAAUAAAUUGUUAUAUACACACCA